AUGGAGUGUGAAAAACUGGUCAAACAUAAAAUAAAUAUGUAUAAAAGUGCCAUGUGCAUGUUCAUUAGUAUUUUACUUCAGAUACUUGGAAUGGAAUAUAAGGCGAAAGUACCAGAUAUAUUAAAUGGUCAAGAUUCAUAUAAUGAACAAGUAAUUGGAAAAGAAAAUAAUAAUAUUAAAACUGCAGAAGAAGUAUUUUACGAAAAUCAACAAAAAUUCUCUAAAAAGCCAUUAGAUUUAACUGACAUAAAUCAACAAUUAGAAAUUUCAAUGAAUAUUGAUCAAUUUAAAGAGUUAUUAAUUGUGGUUUAA